AUGCUGCUGCUCUGGACACUGUCACUGCUGCUGGGAGCAGUAGCAGGAAAAGAGGUCUGCUACGACAGACUCGGCUGCUUCAGCAAUGAAGCGCCAUGGGCAGGAACAACACAAAGACCCCUCACAGUACUGCCCGAUUCUCCAGAAGACGUGAACACCCGCUUCCUCCUGUACACCAACGAGAACCCGGACAGCUACCAAAAACUUGCUGCAGAUUCAUCAACUAUCAGUAGCUCCAAUUUCAAAACAAGUAGAAAAACCCGUUUUAUUAUCCACGGAUUCAUAGACACAGGAGAAGAAAGCUGGCUGGCCAAUUUAUGCAAGAACAUGUUCCAGGUGGAAAGCGUGAACUGUAUCUGUGUGGACUGGAAAAGUGGCUCCCGAACUACAUACACAAAGGCCACACAGAAUGUCCGGAUUGUGGGGGCAGAAGUGGCAUAUUUGGUUGAAUUUCUUCAGUCCUCAUUCGGGUACUCACCUUCCAACGUCCACGUCAUUGGCCACAGCCUGGGUUCCCACGCUGCUGGGGAGGCUGGAAGAAGGACCAAUGGGACCAUUGGACGAAUCACAGGGUUGGAUCCAGCUGAGCCUUACUUUGAGGGAACCCCUGAAUUAGUUCGAUUGGACCCCAGCGAUGCUCAAUUUGUGGAUGUAAUUCACACGGAUGCUUCUCCCUUUUUCCCCAACUUGGGGUUUGGAUUGAGUCAGACUGUGGGCCACCUAGACUUCUUUCCAAAUGGAGGAGAAGACAUGCCCGGAUGUGAUAAGAACAUUAUCUCUACGAUUGUUGAUGUAGAUGGGAUCUGGCAAGGAACUCGUGAUUUUGUGGCCUGUAAUCACUUAAGAAGCUACAAGUAUUAUUCUGAUAGCAUCCUCAACCCUGAUGGCUUUGCUGGAUUCCCUUGUACCUCUUAUGAAGAUUUUACUAAAGUAAGUAAACUCUACCUUCCACAUAAAGAGCUGGAGAUGUGCGUUUCCAUAACACCGUCUGGAAGAAUAGCCAGUGGUCAAGUCAAAGUUGCUUUGUUUGGAAAGGGAAACACUCAUCAGUAUGAUGUCUUCAGGGAAAUUAUCAAACCGGGCUCUACCCAUUCCAGUGAGUUUGGUGCAGAACUCGAUGUUGGAGCAGUUGAUAAAGACAAGUUUUCUUGGAAUAAUAACGUGGUAAAUCCAACCCUCCCCAAAGCAGGUGCAGCCAAGAUCACUGUUCAAAAGCGAGAAGGGACAACCGUGUACUUUUGCAGCCGGGAAACCAUGGGAGAAGACGUUCUGCUGGCUCUCACGCCCUGGUAA